AUGCGCCGAGCGACUCUAUUAUUACUGGCGGCGUCCCGUCUCUGCGCGGCCAAGCCGCACAGCUUUAGCAUCCACGAAGAUGUUCUGGCACACCCAGAGUUCGAGGUCGUUUUUGGAAGUCUCGCCAUUUCCGAAAAAGAUGCGAAACUACUCGUCCAACACCAAGCUGAAUCAGCAACAAAGGCGCCGCAACCGACUACGCACGUCGACGGGCGUGGCGAGGGCGAUGACGAGACGCCACUAUACAUAUACGAAAUAGUCAACAUGGGUGACUACAGAGCCAUUUGCUCGAUACCAGUGAUCGAGGCCCCGCCCGCGGAGAACAAGACGGCCACAGAGCUGGCCAAGGCCGCGGAGGCCCGCGAGGAGAGCCGCGCCGUAGCCAGUGGAUGGGAGCUCAUCGCCGCCCUGGAAAACACAUGUCUAUACUACGUUUCGGGGUGGUGGAGCUACUCAUUUUGCAGAAACACGGAGAUUGUACAGUACCACGCCCUGGCAAGCAGUCCCAAGGGCCAGCCACCGAGGCGCGACAUGCACUCGCCAGAGUACGUGCUGGGGAGGGUGCCCACGAUCCCCUCGCACGCGUCUACCACGGCGAACCCUGCCGACUACGAGCUGGACCCGAUCCCGGCCGAGGUUCAAGAAAAGGGCAAGCAAAGGUACCUGGUACAGAAGCUCGCGGGCGGCACGAUAUGCGACCUAACGGAGCGCGAGCGCACGAUCGAGGUCCAGUACCACUGCGUGCCGGGACUACAGGCAGACAAGAUCAGCUGGAUCAAGGAGGUAACGAUUUGCGCCUACGUCAUGGUGAUUGACACCCCGCGACUGUGCAGCGACGCUGCGUUUCUACCCCCGGAGCCUACACGAGCGAAUGCCAUCACCUGCAACCCGGUGUCCGAUGAGCCGUCGCUUCUCUUGGACGCGAAAAAGCAAGUCUAUAAUACGAACGAGGAGAAGAAUACGGAGGCACAGACCGGUGAGGCUGCGAAAGACGCAGAGACGGCCGAGGGCGCGGCGGCAGCGGCCUCUGCGCUUAAAGAGCUGCUCCGGGGCACGGGGGAUGGAGCCAAGGGCAAGCGGGCCGUGGUGGGCGACAUCAACGUCGGGUCGCGGAAUAUCCUUUCUCUGGGCGACGAGGCGGGCCGGGCGCCGUUCAAGCUGACGCCGCCGCGGAGCUUCUUGUCGACCGGCCUCGCGCAGGAACCGGCCAAGCUGCCGGCAGUGGUGGUGGCACAAGGCGCGAGCGCAGAGGAAGGCGGCGGGGUGGAGUCGCUGUCGCGGGAGGACCUCAAGAAGCUGGACAUUGACCCGGAUACCGUCAAGGAGAUGGCGGCGCGGGUACAGAAGCUGGCGGGCGACAGAGGCUGGCGCCUGGAGGUGUCGGACUCUGAGCUGGCAGGCUUGCGGGAGCUCAAGGGCUACUUUGACAAAGACGAGGAGGAUGACGGGGAGCCGGUGGAGGAUAGGCCCAAGAUCAAGACGAAGCCGAAGCAGAAGCAAGCGAACAAGGAAAAGGCGGCUAAGAAUCCGGGAAAGGCGACUGACAGGAAGGCGAACAAGGUCCAAGCCCAGGGCGGUGAGGAAGCGGAGGACGGUCCGGCGGGAGGAAGAGAUCCCGAGGAGGCGGGGUUUGAUGGGGAUUGGGACGAAGCGGAGGAGGAGCAAGGCAGCCAGGAAGAAUUCUACAGAGAUGAGCUAUAG